UUUUAUAUAAUCUUCGUUUAUGUAGUACUUCUAAGUUAGUAAUUGUAGUUAAUUUUACUCUAGAUAUUAAAUUUAAUAAUUGUAUUACUGUAUUAUAAUGACUGAUUUUGAAAGUAAAUUAUUAGGAGAAAAAUUACACAAUUAUUGCAGUAGUAGUGAUGAAGACGAACCCGUGCUUGAUCGUGAUCCUCCAAAGCAGACAAAAUCUGACUGGGAUGGAACAUCGACAAAUACUGGACCGAAAGGAGUGUUAAAUGAUUGGGAGCAAUUCAAAAAACAACAAAAAGUUGAACGAAUUCAAAAAGAAAAAGAUGUGCUUAAACAGAUUAAUGAUAUAGCAUUAACUUGUAAAUCUGAACUAGAUGAUUUGGAUGAUCAAUUUCUUGUUGAAUAUAGAAAAAAACGUAUGAAAGAAAUGUUAGAUAAAGUUCAAGAAGCACCCAUAUUUAAUCAAGUUCAUGAUCUAUUAAAUGGAGAUGAAUUUUUAAAUGCUGUAGAAAAUGAAAUCCCAUUUGUUACUGUUAUCAUACACGUAUACGAGCCUAAUGUUAAAGCUUGUUCUCAAAUGAAUACAUGUUUUCAAGCUUUAUGUAGAGAAUAUGAAAAAACUAAAUUUUGCAAAAUAAUUGGAUCAAGUGCUGGUUUGAGUUUAAAUUUUAAAAUGAGUGGCGUUCCUGCAAUUUUAGCAUAUAGAGCAGGCCAAUUAAUUGGUAAUUUUGUACGGAUAACUGAUGAGCUAGGUUUUGAUUUUUAUGUUGGGGAUGUGGAAAAUUUUCUAAUAGAACACGGUGUUUUAUUAGAUAAAUCUUGCAUACCAUCAAUCAUAACAAAUGAUCAUUGAAUUAAUUUUAUUUGUAAACAAUUUAUUUGUACAAUCCUUUAUAAUAAUAGUAAAAGUACAAUAAGUCUUAACAUAUUUUACACACUAAUCUAUUUUAGGAUUACGCAAGACUAUCAAAGAUUAAACGUUUUGGUUGAGUGCCUGAAACAAAUUAAAAAUAAUUGUAUUAUGAUAUUGAUAGAAAUGUGUAUUUAAUUUGUAUUAUUUUUCUUAUUGUAAUAUUAGUAACUGUAAAUAAAUCAACACAAAUAAAAAUUACCUCCAUCUAAAUAA